UCCACCUUCUCCUCCUCCUCCUCCUCAUCCUCCUCCUCCCUGUUUCUCUCUGCGCGUGCGUGCGGAUGUAAGUUCUGAGCUCCUCCUCGAGGACCUCCAUUGUCCGAUCGGCGUCUCACCCGUACUUCCCGCGUAUGGGCUCGUGCAUGUCGUCCCAGUCGCCAGGAACGCCCGCGGCAGCGGCGUACGGCGGGACCACGGCCGUGGCCUCUGCCUCCGCCACUUCCUCUUCCGCAUUCGAUUGGAAGAGCUGCAGGGGGUGGAGGAGCGAGAAGAAGAGGAGAAAAGAGGAGGAGAGGAAUGGAGGAGGAGCAAUUGGUGGCGAGCUCUCAGAUCGGUGGUUAGCGAGCUCCGGCGGUGGGGGGCUGCUGGAGGAGGAUAUCCACCGAGUGCCCGGCCGGAAGUUCCUCAACGGGGCCACCGAGGUCGCCUGCCUCUUCACCCAGCAAGGGAAGAAGGGCUUCAACCAGGACGCCAUGCUUGUCUGGGAGAAUUUUGCUUCAAGAAGUGACACCAUCUUCUGUGGAGUCUUUGACGGUCAUGGUCCUUUUGGUCAUCUGGUUGCCAGGAAAGUCAGAGAUUCUCUUCCUCUCAAGUUGUGCGCCGAAUGGAUUGGUAAUGUUAGUGGCCACAACAGCCCUUCCCAAAAUGGGUUUCUGCCUGGGAGUGCGAACUUUGAAGAGUCAACAUCUGUUAUCAUUGAUGAUGAGUGGGCUGAACCCGUAGAUGCUGAUGAGAAUGAAAAGUUGCCCGAGAUGUAUCUUACACUGAAACAGUCUCUUUUGAAGGCUUCCAGGUUGAUGGAUAAAGAGUUGAAAGUUCAACCAAGAAUUGAUUGUUUCUGUAGUGGGACUACUGCUGUCACAAUAGUAAAGCAGGGACAGGAUCUUGUAGUUGGAAAUGUUGGGGAUUCCAGAGCAAUAAUGGGUAGACGAGAUGAAGACAACAAUUUGGUUGCUGUACAAUUGACUAUCGACUUGAAGCCCAAUCUUCCUAGGCUAGAUUGCAUCCAGUCUCGUACAAGCAAACCAACCAUCUGCGAUUAUAUUCUGAAAGUGAGCAAGUUAAAACAAGAGGAAGCUUCCAGAAUCCAACAAUGCAAAGGAAGAGUUUUCGCCUUGCAGGAUGAACCAGAGGUCGCACGUGUAUGGUUACCCAACAGUGACUCACCUGGCUUGGCUAUGGCCAGAGCUUUUGGAGACUUCUGCCUUAAAGAUUAUGGCUUGAUAUCUAUUCCUGAUGUCUCCUAUCACCAUCUUACUGAGAAAGACGAAUUUAUAGUUCUUGCCACUGACGGGGUUUGGGAUGUUCUCUCAAACAAGGAAGUUGUAGACAUUGUGGCCUCUGCACCAACUCGUACAACUGCAGCUAGAGCUGUCGUUGAUUGUGCAGUCCGAGCUUGGAGACUUAAAUUUCCUACAUCAAAAAUUGAUGACUGUGCUGUUGUCUGUCUCUUCCUAGACCCCCAACUUCCAUUCAGUCAAACUCAGGAAAAUAACUCCAGGAAGGCACCACCUACUGAACCCGUAGAGACGACAGCCUUGGUCUCAACUGAUCUAGAUGUGAAUGGUCAGGAAGGAAUAUCUGGAUCAGUCUCUGGUGGGUCACAGAUUUCUUCAGUCGAACGUUUGAAUACUCUGUAUGACGCCCGCGAGAUUGUCGCAGUUUCUGGGGAGCCCAAAAAAAUUAAGGUUCCUGAGAGGUGCCAAUCAACAGUGAGCCUGUCUGAUUGUAUGUCAACCACUGAGGAGGAAUGGUCUGCACUAGAAGGUGUGACUAGGGUGAACUCCCUGAUGAAUCUUCCACGAUUCUUAUCUGGCAAUAAAAGGUUAAGUAUUUGGAGAAAGCGGUUUUAGGAUCAAAUCGACAAUAGAGGAGGCAAACCAGUAAACUUGGAGCUGGAAUUGGAAGAAACCAUGCUGCAUGACCUCAGACCGUCUCUGAGACCUUCUGGUGUUUCUAUUGUUAAAAACAUAUGUCUGGUUGAGUUUCAACUCAUUCGAGUAAGAUAGCAUGAAAAUUUGUGUCUUAGUUCUUUUCUUUUUUCUUUUUUUUUUUCGGGUAACAUCAAGUAUCUGCUAUUUCAGUGUUUGUAGAACAGUGAAUUAGAGAUGUGCUGUUAUUAUGUUGGAUUAUUGUGAGGCGGGCUGCAAUUCAGGGGUUUGUUAACUUGUAUAGAUUUUUUUUUUGUUCAGAAGUGGCCUUUGAAUUAUGUCCUAUAACCUUGCCCGAACUGUAUACUACCAUCAAUGUAGAAAUUUUGUGCUGUAUUCGCCA